AUGAAUUCUGAUUCGAGCUCUGUCUCCAGCAGAGCUUCCUCUCCGGACAUGGAUGAGAUGUAUCUGAGGGACCACCAUCACCGCCACCACCGCCACCAGGAGAGCCGUCUUAAUUCGGUCUCGUCCACGCAGGGCGACAUGGUGCAGAAGAUGCCCGGGGAAAGCCUCUCACGGGCCGGCGCCAAGGCCGCGGGCGAGAGCAGCAAGUACAAAAUCAAGAAGCAGCUGUCGGAACAGGACCUACAGCAGCUGCGGCUGAAGAUCAACGGACGCGAGCGCAAGCGGAUGCACGACCUGAACCUCGCCAUGGACGGGCUGCGCGAGGUCAUGCCCUACGCACACGGGCCCUCGGUGCGCAAGCUCUCCAAGAUAGCCACCCUCCUGCUGGCCAGAAACUACAUCCUCAUGCUCACCAGCUCCCUGGAGGAGAUGAAGAGGUUGGUUGGCGAGAUCUACGGGGGCCACCACUCGGCCUUUCACUGCGGGACCGUGGGCCACUCGGCCGGCCACCCAGCGCAUGCCACCAACGCCGUGCACCCGGUACACCCCAUCUUGGGUGGUGCGCUGUCGUCCGGCAACCCAUCGUCACCGCUGUCUGCCGCCUCGUUGCCUGCCAUCGGCACCAUUCGGCCUCCCCACUCGCUGCUCAAGGCGCCCUCUACGCCUCCCGCGCUGCAGCUGGGCAGCGGCUUCCAGCACUGGGCCGGGCUGCCCUGUCCGUGCACCAUCUGCCAGAUGCCACCGCCACCGCACCUGUCUGCUCUCUCUACCGCCAACAUGGCCCGGCUGUCGGCCGAGUCCAAGGACUUGCUCAAGUGA